AUGAUGCAUAGUAAUUCUGAUAAUUCUAUUGAACCUUUUAAUUCUUCACAACGAACUCAUCGAAGUCAAAGUGCAAUUCAAGCUCAUCGUGGUGAUGUACCAAGUAAACAUGAUGAAUAUUUAAUUCAAUUACAAGAACGAAAUCGUUUACUUAAAGCAUAUCAUAAUCAACAUCAACCAAAAGAUAGUAAUUUAAAAAAACGAGAAACCGGUUUUCAAUUAUAUUUAAAUGGAGCACAUAGUGUACGACAACGACGACCACCAUCAAUAAUAAAUACACCAUCAAAUCGAACUAUAACACCUUCACCAUAUUUUUCUGAUUUUUCAUUUCCAACACCAUCAAAUACAACACAACAAAAUAAUUCAUUACCAUCAAAUGGUCGUCGUCGAUGGAUACCAUCGACAAAAACAAAAAUUAAAACCGCUGAUGGUUCUAUUAUUGCUGAUAUUGAUCAAAAUUCUAUAUCUAAUCAUACUUCACAUAUGCCACAUUCAAAAUCUUUAUUUAAUAAUAAACAAUCUCAACAAAUAUCAUCAAAACGUGCAGUACAAUCAGCUGGAACACCCAGUCAAGCAUUACCAAAAUCAGCAUGGAAUAAUCAUGUUAUUGAAUUAGAUGCUAGUCAAAUAAAAUCAAAUGGUUUAAAUGAUCAAAUAUCAUUUUGUAAAAUGAAACCAGAAAAUAUUGAUCAAAGUUGGAUGCCAAAUUGGUUUUCUAAUAAGAAACCGAAUGAAGAUGAAAUUCAAGAUUAUGAUUCCGAUUUUGAAGAAACUUCAGAUUCAGAUGAUGAUGAUAAUCAUCAAUUAUUAAAUCAUGUUUCUUUAUCUUUCGAUGAUAUCCCAUCAAUAGUUGAAUUAGUAAGUCAAAAAAAAGAAUAG